AAAGAGGGAAAUCCCAAUUCUCAGAGUGUUUACGAAUAUUUAUUUACGAAUUUUUACUGCGAAGAGCAGAGGUUAAAACAGAGUAAAGUAAUUUAAGGACUGUGCUUUUGAACAGAAGAAAAUGCCUGUGAUUUCAGCUCACUGUUUUGCAAACCAUAGAGGUGGAGUGGGCAAGACCACUUUAGCUUAUCAGGUGUCUUCUGCUUAUGCAGCUGCACAUCCUGGUCGCAAAGUGCUUGUUAUUGACACAACUGAUAGUGGAGAUUUGUCUGAGAUGUUAAUGGGGGGAAUCUAUGAGAAGAGGGGGCGUGAGAUGUUGAGGAGCUUGAUACCUGUGGCCAAUGUUACCCAGAUGUUCUUGAGGGCUUUAGUGGCAUCUACCUCCACUUCUCUCUCAGAUGUAUUGAAAGCUGAGGAAUAUGAAGAUGGUGUUCUUACCAGUGUUGUUCAAAAGAUGCCUCUUGCUAAAGGAGCUGUUGAGAGCAGUCCACUGGAGAAGGCCAAAGUGAUGAAGAGGAUUGAUUUGGAGGAAUUUGGCAUCCCAUUGAAGCAAGUGAAUUCAAGAAUGCCUUCUAAUAUGUUUCUCUGCCCCAGUGGCCUUGACAUUGAACAUUCAAUUUCUUUCUCUGCUACACAGCGCCAAGACAUCAUAGCAGUAUUGCUUGAUUCCUUUCAAAAUGCUGAAGGGGAGUGGAAAGUGUUUAUUGACACUGAUACAGAGCUAUAUGGUGAAAAUGGAGCAUAUGCAAACAUUGGUUUUGGUAUUGCCGACUUCAUUUGCCUUCCCCUGCAUGCAGAUAUGUCUGAUUGGUAUGGUGCAAAGGUUUUGAUUAAUGACAUGCAGUUGCUUCAUGAUAUGGAUGUAUCUCAUGCACAGGUGCAUCUGGUUUUGUGGAACGGACUAAACGUACAGUUUAAGCAAUCUUGUGGGGUGACUGUUGGUGGGAUAAGCAAAUGUACCUUCAUUCCCACAAAGGCAGAACAAGAUAUUAUCCAAACAUUGGACAAUUUAGUAUACCAGGAAGCUCAGAUUAUGCCCAACUUGUUUCUCCAUUACAAUGGAGCUAAAACUACUGCCGAGGAGUUCAGUGCAAAGUGCUCAACCUGCAUGAGAAACUUUGGAGUGGUUGGUGUAGCCUCCAAAGAUAUAGGAGUUCCUAUUGCCUGCAUCAAGCCAGGAAUCUUUCAUGGUGUUCACAUGGACUAUAAUCUCAGUAUUGACACCAUAAAACACUGCAGGGAGAAUUUGGAGGAGAUUGUUAAGGCCAUAGAUCAAGUUGAUGAAAAGAACAACCCACGCAAAAUUUGCAGGCAACACUUGGAGUUUCUGAAAGCAAGGCGUAUGGAAAGGAAGCUGGGCAUCAAGCUCAAACUGAAGCAUAAAUCGCCUUUAACAACAGUAAAGAAGAGAAGAAGACACUCGGCUUCUUCUGCUUCCAAAGAUACUACAUCUGUUAUGUAUAAAACAUAUGCUCUCAGAAACAGAUAUUCACUCAGAGAGAGGUCUAAACAGAUGAAGGCUAAGUUGUUUAUAGACAACUUUGAGAGCAGUAGUAUUUCAACAGCUUGAUUUUUGAAUCAAAGUUCUGUUAUUAUCUAGUUUCAAAUUUUGUUAGGCGUUUGAGGAUUUAAAUGCAUACAAAGUUCAUUGUAAAUAAACAUAAUAGUGAAUACUCCCUAAAACUGAUCUUUUUGUCACUAGAUUCACCUCAUCUUCAAUAAUUCAGUUUUCUCCGGAA